CAUUGAUAUCCACUAGGCGUACUUGCGGCUAAAGACAGAAAACUUUUUGUAGCGCACGCUAGCAAGAGUUAUUGCUUCGCGUGACACAUCUACAAUGUGCACGUGACUUUAGUUUUCGCUUGAUCGGUGGUAGCGUGCUGACUCCCUCAUCUGUGAUAGCGAAGAUUGAGUGUAAAAACGAAGCUUACUGCUUGAGAACUGGAGCUCGUUUGGUCGUGAUGCGAACUAGAAGAGAUUUCGAUUGCACACAACCUGGAUGAAGGAAACAAACUGGAAUAGGUUUUGAAGGUGGUUAAUUCCUCGGUUAUUUUCAUCCCAUGUGCUUCUCCAAGAUGAUUUCUAGUUUGCAACAGACGUGUACAGUGGAAAGUGCAGUUGGUCUCUAGACAGCGCAUGGCAGGAUCCUUUCCAACACUCAUUGUUUAUCAUAAAGGGCACUUGAUCACAACCUAGACUCUAAUAGUAUAUGAUAAUGUAUGUGCAGGUCAAAUAUUGUAACUCUUAUAUUAGGAGACACUUACACAGACGAUUUUCAAAUACCCUACUUUAAUGACUCGGCUCUUCUACUGCAGACACCUUGACUUGUUAGACUACAGGUGUGAUAAUCAUAACAUGUACUACAGGAAGUUUGUUCUUCGCGCGAAAACAAGUGGAAAUACGGGUUUUUAGUUUCGCGCGAAAUGGAUUAGGUACUGUACAUUGUGCAGACAGGUUUGCUGACACUUUCCAGCAUUAUGCCAUCUGGUGCACGUGCAUGCCAUUACGUUUCUGUGAGUGUCACGUGAAACAAUGCGUUAGCGUGCGUUACAGCAGAAGUCCUCUGUCUUUACCUUCUUUUUACUUAAAUUAAUUAAAACGCAGGAGUCGUGUGUGACACUCACAGUACUGGCUUGUGAUGUAGGAGAUGUGCAUGAUUAAGUACAUACCCAUCCCUACAUACCCAUCAUUUUCUCAAAAUGUUUUUUUUAUUUUUUGUUUUUGUAACACGGAAUGACGUUGGGGUGUCAGUUGAUGACGUUGGGGGGGGAACUUAGUAGACGGUAGUCCACUUAUAGCAGUUAGUAAGGAGAGAUGGCAGGAAGUACAGUAGACGGGAUGAUACCAGACUCUCGCGCCUGGAAUUGUCAUAAAGGCACCGGACAAGACUAGCGCGAGAGAGUUUGGGGACGAGGCACGGAAAGCGGUCGGAAUGCAUUUCAAUUCUUGCGCUGGAAUGAGUAGCGUAGCUCGAGUACAUGACACAAUCAGUUGUAGUCUGAUAGAGUUGACACAGCUAUUAUGACUAAUUAGUAAAGGCACCUGGACAAACUAAACAAGUGAGAACACACCUUGCGCAUGAUAGCACCUCUGCACGGCAAGGUGAUAAUUAUGAUUAAUUAGCGCAAACCCGGGUUUCUAACCCUAGUGUGAACACAUCCUUUUUUGGAAGUUUGUUGUUCGCUAUCAUGCAAAACCUAACGCCGGAUAACGAUAAUUAAGUUACAAUUGAGAGCUAUAUCUACACCAGGUUGCAGCCGGACUCUCUAAAUCGUCGGCAGUCUACCAAAGCUCGAGGAAUGAUGGAAAAACUGUUGGUGUUUGCUGCGUUACUGCUGCUAGUAUUCUACUAUGCAGCUGGUGCUGCUGCUGCUGAGGCCAUCGAGUCUACUAUUUCUGAGAAAUCUGGUAGCGUACGAGAUACAGAGUUACAGCUUAGCAGGAAUCGUCUGAGAAGGGACCCAUACGAGUACCUGCAAAAGUUGCUACUUCUCUGGAACCUCCAAAUUACAAGCGCACCUAUUGGCUCUCUCCAAAAGCCUGCACAGUCAUGCCAGCAUCUUUUGAAUGUGGACAAGUAUGCACCCAGUGGUGAAUACUGGAUUCGACCUAAAGGGUCGAACAAAAUGCAAGUCUAUUGUGAGAUGGAUGUAGGUGGAGGCGGAUUCACGUUUGUCUCAACCCGGGCAGUGACUGCCAGUGCAACAUCAUCAAGCAUAAGUCAGCUGAUGACCAAAAGGUCGUCUGUACUCUUUCGUUUUGUGACUGAUAAGUUUGAGCAGUACUACUCAAUCGUCGAGCAACUGGACAAGUUCAGAUACAAGCCCUUGUUUGUUGCACAAAACAGUGAUGUUGGCUAUACACAACCACUCAACAAACGUACAAUGGGCGCUACAGGUUACCUAUUUGUUGGCAUACUCGACGCUGCUACAGCUAGAGUGAAAGGUGCAGUGCAGGGAUACAAAUCCAACGGAGUUCCAAUCGACUUUACCAACUGUGAUGCCAACCCGAAUUCAUACAUUGCCUUGUUUCCAAAUCAUAAUGAGUUGUCUCCCCGUUCUUAUCAUGUACCUGGCAUUUUUAAUAGGUGGCGUAAUACCUUUAAACCAAUACCAGCAGGUCUCGAGAUGCCUCGAAAGUAUUUCUUCUUUACAGAGAUGCACUUUGGAGGUUGUGGUGUCUACUCCUCCAGUGAUAAUUGGGGUUUCCUGACAGCAUCUGCCGUUGGGGUUCGUUGAUGCAGCAACAUGCAGCAACAUGCAGCAAUGACUCGAUGAAUGGACAACAGAAGUAUUACGCGUUAUAGAUAUUAGACACCCUAGUGUGUGUCUACAGGUGCAUGGGUUGAGAGCUGUAAGCGUUGGACAUGCUGUUAGUCGAGACGUAGAUUCUAGAAUACAAGUUGUGUAACCGUUCGGAGCACAGUA